AUGCCUAUUGGUACCGAUUUAUCAAACGCGAAACCCAAAGUCCCAUUGACGAAGCGUAUGCUGGCGCGUUCUCGGACAGAAUCUAACCUGGACGGAUCGCUCGACUCAGUCAUCUCCAUAUCCUCCGAAGAUUCACACUCGAAACCGGCGUUACGCCGUUCAGCAUCCCUCCGAGGAAACGAUACAGUCAUCGACUUGACAGGAUCAUUUUCCACCGCAUCUCAUUCUCACUCAGGCCUCAUCGGUGUCUCAGCAUCUCGAGUUGACCUUGUGGGCGCCGGACACUCUCAGCAUUCUGAAGGCCAAAGCCAAGACCAGAGCCAAGCGCAGCAUAAUCAGAAUAAUACUCGGCCGGGAGUCAUGCCUCUCGUCCAGCCUCAAGCCCAGAUACGCACAUAUGCAGGCGCCUCACGAUCCUUCCUUGUCGAACUUCCUGCCGGAGGUGCAUCCAACAUGGGCAUGGCUAUCGGUGGCGCUGCUAUGGGAGGCUCUUCGGUGUUAGACGAAGAUGAUUUGGGCCUAGAGACCCGAGAGUCGUACACAGCACUCCGUGAACGAUGGGGCGUGGACAACUCUUCCGAUGAUCCUUUACAUUUCUCAGACUCCGAGCACUCCGAGUCCGAGCCGGAAGAGUCACAGGAGUCGCAGAAGUCGAGAGGGAAGAAGAAGUCGAAAGAAAAGGAGAAGGAGGCGAAAGCGAAGGCCAGGGAGGCGGCUUUGCCACCGGGGAUGAUGAACGAUGUGAAGAGUAUCACGGAGAUGAGGAGUAAGGGAGAAAGUAGGAGGUUUACAGACGAGGUUGGAUAUCUUUUCGAGGGGAUGAGCGGAGAGGAAGCUAUUGGUGUACGAAGGGGCAGCGCUUUAGAGAUAGUCACCAAACUCUGCGAUCCCGAUUUUUCCCGCCGAGCCAAAGCGACAGAUUUCCUUUCGCGAGCUUGGGAUGUGCUCCGAGAGUCUGGUGCCGGCGAUGGCGAUGUGGUCCUUGACACUAUAUUAGUCGUCUUUGCUGCAUUAGCAGCACAGACGCCACGAGAACUACAGGACCUGGCCCAGAAAGAUGAUUUUGUCGAUGUGCUUUGUCGUAUGCUAGAGGCAGUUGGCCGAGGGAAAGAUCCACUCGAACUUCUGCUGAGUGGGAAGACAGACACCGAGUUGAAGAAGGUCGGGAUUGGGAGGAUGGAGCAGUCUUACCUGUCUCGUCUAAGAGAUAUAAUUGAGAAGUCUGUUUCAACUUCUUCCAAUAAAAAAACCUCACUCCGACUACUUCUGUCUGGUGCUCUUGCAUCGCUUCCCCCUUCCUGCCUUCAAGCCUCCCACAUCCGACCCAUUCAUGACACCCUCCUCUCCGAGAUAGCUCUCCUUCCGUCCCGUCUUACUGCCUAUGAAGCUGGUCUGCCCAUAAUUCCGGAGUCGUAUAACUCAGCGCCACUGGCCUACAGUACACCGUCUCUGGAACAUAUUGAACAUUGCCUGAGGAUAUUCGACAGCUAUCUACUUGGGCUGAGACGGUGGAAUGACGAUGGUGCUGGCGAAGAGGAAGAAAGUUUGUGUGUCCGUGUGACCGAUGGUCACGGACAAGAAGGGUUAGCCAGCGGGCUGGCCACACUGAGCAUAGUGACGACCAUCUUGCUCAACGAUCCUUCUCGCGACGAGCAUUAUGCCAUUGCCAACAAGUGUCUCGAAUCGACCCUCCGAGUGUUGAUCAACCUGACACACGAUAACGCCACAUGGUGUGGCCUGCUCCUUUCACACGAACCCACUCUACUCGUUAUCGUCUCUCUCAUCACACGUCCUCAACAAUGCACUGCCGCCUUGGCAUCCCUCCAAGGAGAUACUAAGGAGGACAUGAAGAAGUCGUCUGCGGAGAUAGACACUGAAUUCGAACAGACCGAAGACAAACAUGUUCAGGCCUUCGAUAGACUCUGUCUCGCCCUGGGGCUAUUGACGAACCUUGUCCAGGCGAACAUGGAGGCGAAGGGAUUAUGUCGCAUGAUCAAAGUAGAUCCUUCGUGUAGGAUCACUCGCACCUGCGCUCGAUCAUGCCACUGCCCAAACAGAAUCACCGUUCUGGAAUGCCUCGUCCGUGUCUACUUACAAUAUUACAAACCCGAUACAACGGCCACCUCUUCGGAAGAAGACUUUGACGCCGGAACCCAUAUUGUUCGUGGCCACCUCGCCGUACUUUUCGGUCUCCUGAUUCGCGAUUCGUCUGAAAACGAACGGAUCAUGUUGAAUGCGCUUCCUGGAUCUGUCAGAAGAGCGAAGUUGGAUGGAUUGGCGAGGCAUGCGAAGGAGUUCGUGGGGUUGUAUAGGGAGUUUAUGAGUCGGGUGGCGAGAGGUGGUGGAGAUGGGAAUGGUGAUGGUCGUGGUAGCGAUGGAGGGGACGAAGGUGUUGUGGGAGGUGGUACGGCCGGAGUUGUGAGGGAUGGAGCUGGAGAGGGCGUCGCUCGAGAUGUUGUUUCGUAUUUGGAGGGUUUGAGGGACGGCCUGGAGUGA